UGAAUCCCAACCAAUAUGGACCACGACACCGCGCCGCCCGCCGCGGCAACAUUCGUGUCUGGACAGACAGCGGUGUGUGUGCCAACUUUAUCUCGACAAGAAGCAUACUUCUCUGUGAAACGAUAUGGGGUUGUGGACUCUGUGGACGAGUACCAGCGCUGGAUGACGCUGGAAGAAGCGUUCUUCCUGGCCACCACCGGCCACAUUCACAUUGAGACCCUCUCAACGCAAGGCGCGAUGUGGGCUGCGUUCACGUCGGCGGAUGACUCGUUUCCUUCGAGAUACACGGCCUAUGCGCUCUAUCGAUCGCGAGGUUGGAUUGUCCAGUCCGGGUUGCUGUACGGCGUCACGUUUGUGCUAUAUCGAAUGUCCCCCGACAUCGUUCACGCUGAAUACAUGGUCUACGUCCAUGACACGACAUCGUCCUGCGCAUUGUCGUGGCAGCUCCUUCAGAUGUUGACGCGGCUUGCAGAAGAUGUCAAGAAGACGGUGCUAGUCUGUGAAGUCCAACGCGCAUCCGACUGGGACGCAUCGUUGAUGUACAUGGGCUUGGUUUGCAAGGAGCUUUGCUUCCGCCACUGGCCCGCGCUCUUUACUGAAGGCGCUUCCUUUGCCAUGGCCGAAUCGCAUGCCAUCCCGAAGCGCACGCGGUCUUAAAAGUAGUGUCAACUUGGACAGAUAGUUGAAGAAUUUUGUCAAAUGUUCAUCGUUUUCGA